AUGCUGCAAAACUCAUGGAACUCAAUUUCUCCGGUGGAGCUCAUGGUCCAGCGUGCAUGUGACCCCUCACUUCACGAGCCAAAUUAUGCGUUGAACUUGGAGCUGGUCGAAUACAUCAAAAAGAAGAAAGCGAAUACUCCUCGCGAGGCUGCCAUGGCCAUAGUGCACAACAUUAAUCAUCGGAACCCACACGUGUCCAUUCUUGCCUUGAACCUCUUACAAACCCUGGUUAACUCGCUCGGUCACCUUUUUCAUCUCCAGAUCGCGACGAAAGAAUUCUUGAAUGAGCUAGUCCGACGUUUCCCGGAAAGGCCACCACCGUUCCCCGGCCCAAUUAUGACACGUAUUCUGGACUUGAUUCACGAAUGGAGGGAGACGAUAUGCAAAGAAUCUCGAUGGAAGGAAGACUUGGGAAACAUCAAAGACAUGCAUAGACUUUUGGGGUACAAAGGGUAUCGAUUCCGGGAUGCCCCAAGGACGACUCAAAAUUUGCAACCCACCGAAGCUACCGCUAAUCUCAAGAGUCCGGAGGAAUUAGAGCAAGAGGACCGAGAUGCUCAAUCUGCGAAAUUACAAGAACUUAUUCGAAGAGGAACACCUCGCGAUUUGGCAGCUGCACAAGAAUUGAUGAAGAGCCUUUCUGGAGCGAAUCCCGAAUCCAAACCAGACUACCGAAAACAAACCAUGCACGAACUGGAUAAACUGCAGGCCAAGGUGAUCUUACUGAAUGAGCUUCUUGACAAUUUCGAUGUGUCACGAGGGGAGAAAUUCGCCAAAGGUGAUGCGUACGAUCAAGUCGCUGGCGUCUUACGGCAGGCCAGACCCAAGAUUCAAAAAUGGAUCGGGGAAGCUGAAGAGGGUGACCCAGAGUCUCUUGAUACCUUUCUUCACAUGAAUGAUAUGAUUAACAACGUUAUUGAGCGGUACGAGCGGUACCAAAAAGGGGACUACUCGGCGACCAUCGAGCCAGUAGCGUCUACAUCAAAUACGAAUGCGCCCAAAGAUAAUUUAAUAGACUUCUUUGGGGACGAUGAAGCGUCUGCCACACCUGCGUCAUCUGGUCCAGCAAACGACCUAGACGGGUUGUUCGGCUCUUCAACUCCUGCUGCUCCAACUAGUUCCUCCACCUCCCCUCCACCUCAAUUGAACGCUCGAGCCAACGUUAUGGCCGCAUUCAACCAACCCCAAGCAUCACAACUGAACCAAUUUGGCACACAGCCAUUUUUCUCUCCCACUCCUCAGUUCGGUGCCCCUGCCCAAACUGUGGUUCCACCCCACCUGGGUAGUGGAGCCGCGUCCCCGUUCGGUGGGGCGGCCACGCCCACGUCUCAGUCUCAAUUCGGGGGCAUCAUGCUCCCUACAACUCCUCGCCCUAGCUCUGCUACUCCCUCUGCCCCGCCUCCGCCACAACAGCAGCCACAGCAGGGGGCCAAGGACCCGUUCGCGGAUCUGGCAGGUUUGUUUUGA